AUGAAACCUUACAAGAAGAUGUUGUACAUGUGCUCCAUUACUGAUUUUUUGUUUUGGUUUGUGGAUAUGUUGGUUGAAAUUGUAAGUUAAUUUUAUAAAAAGUAUAAAGUUUUUCUCUCAGGACUUGGACUUAAUAAGCUUGGGUUUAGUGGACGUAGACUUAGGCUCAGCAGUGUUCGGGCUUAGUAUGCUUAGGUUUAGUAGACUUAGGCUCAGUAGACAUAGAAUGACUAUAAAAUUUAUGUGUCAGAAACUAAAACAACGCAACGAAGUUCUACUUGUGAAACUAGAAGGACCAGCUUCUUUUCUUUCAAGAUCCUUUCAUAUUUAUGGUGUGGCGGCACACGUGACUGGAGUGAAUUUAUCAAUGACCGUUCUGCCAGCACAAGCUUUUUUCAGAUACUAUUCUUUGAAACAGUAAGCUUCUUAAACAUUUUUUUCGUGCUUGUUUUUAUUACCUUUGAAACUUGAGAAGACCCCACCCAAUAAAACCUUCAACCCCCACUCCAACCUGAACUUAUUUACUGUAUAAAUUUAAAAAACUUAAAACAUUUUAAUUUUAGCUCCGAACCGUUAAGUACUCUAAAAACUAUUUGCCUUUUUUCGAUAUCUUUCACAAGUGCCUUGAUACCAGGAACCUUUGCUUGGUUUACAUUCGACCGGUCCGCUGACGUGAACCCUGGUUUUAACUACGGAACAGUUUGGUUUCAGGAGUAUCCUUUACCAACUUUGCUAGUUGGCAAUAUGGUAAGAGAGUGUAAAACAAAGUACAGUACUCUCCCUAUAUAAGCAACCCGAAGGGACCGACAUUUUGUGUUUACCAUAAGGAGUGUUGGCUUUACGAAGAGGCUUUUUUGUGCAAAUUGACUUGGCGAGCCAGAUUUCUUGUUCACUAUAAGGAAAGUUGCUUGUACAAAUGGUUCACUAUAUAGAGAGACAACUGUAUAAUAAUAUUUUUUUGUAGUUUACUUUAAAAAUAAGUAAAUUUAAUUUUAAGUCUAUCAGUAACUACUUUCAGAAGUCAAUAUACCCAAUAAUGUAUUUUGGAGUGACUGUUGUAAAUUUUGUGAUAUCUUACUUCUUGUUGGUAUUGUUCAGUUAUUUCACGAUGAAGAAGAUGCAAGAACACUAUCACAAAUACACUAACCAGACAAAAAAAAGUCCACAAACAAAUGAGCUCGUUUUUAUUUUGUCAAGUAAGUUUUAAAUUUUAUUAUAAUCCUAAGUCUACUAAGCCUAAGCCUAGUAAGCCCAAGCCUACAAAGCGCUUGUUAAGCCUAAGCCUAUUAAGCGUAAGCCUAGUAAGCCCAAGCCUACAAAGUGCUUGUUAAGCCUAAGUCUACUAAGCCUAAGCCUAGUAAGCCCAAGCCUACAAAGUGCUUGUUAAGCUUAAGCCUACUAAGCCUAAGCCUAGUAAGCCCAAGCCUACAAAGUCCUUGUUAAGCUUAAGCCUACUAAGCCUAAGCCUAGUAAGCCCAAGCCUACAAAGUGCUUGUUAAGCUUAAGCCUACUAAGCCUAAGCCUAGUAAGCCCAAGCCUACAAAGUGCUUGUUAAGCUUAAGCCUACUAAGCCUAAGCCUAGUAAGCCCAAGCCUACAAAGUGCUUGUUAAGCUUAAGCCUACUAAGCCUAAGCCUAGUAAGCCCAAGCCUACAAAGUGCUUGGUAAGCCUAAGGCUACUAAGCCUAAGCCUAGUAAGCCCAAGCCUACAAGUGCUUACUAAGCCUAAGGCUACAAAUUGAUUACCAAGCCUAAGCCUACAAAGUGCUUACUAAGCCUAAGCCUACUGAUUAAAACCUAAAUUACCUUUUUUUUUAAUUUAAGGCACUGACAAUCUUGAUCAUAUAUUUCAUACCAACAAUGAUUGUCAUAAUGCCAAUCAUGCUAAAGUUAAACAGUGGAAUAUCGUUGACAAUGGCGAUGAUGUCGCUAGGCUGGUUACCAGUCUGCAAUGCUGUAUCAACACUCAUCAUAAUAGCACCAUUCCGAAGAAAGAUUCUGAAAAUGACCAACUUCAUGAGAAGCGAAUCAAAUCAAAUUCAGGGUACUACUGCCUAUUCCAGUAG